UAUUAGAUCAUAUAAAGUUCAUGCUUUUUAGCCAUCUCUCAUAUCUUCUUAUAUAUACUAAGAUUCACAAGAACUGAAAAGAAAACAAAAGAAAUGGAAUGGUCAAUGACAAGCAACGUAGAAAACGUGAGAGUUGCUUUUAUGCCGCAGCCAUGGCCAGAGUCGAGCUCCUUUAACUCGCUUCAUAGCUUCAACUAUGAUCCUUAUGCAGCAGGAAAUUCAUACACGCAUGCCGUCACGCAGACCGGACCGGUUAUAUCUGUACCGGAAUCAGAAAAGAUCAUCAAUGCGUACCGAUAUCCGAGCAACAAGAACGAGAUGACAAAGAAGAAGAGACUAACGAGUGGACAGUUAGCUUCACUUGAACAGAGUUUUCAAGGGGAGAUCAAACUAGACUCAGACGGGAAGCUGAAGCUGUCUAGAGAUCUUGGUUUGCAGCCACGUCAGAUAGCGGUUUGGUUCCAAAACCGCCGUGCACGAUGGAAGGCGAAGCAGCUCGAGCAACUGUACGAUUCUCUUAGGCAAGAGUACGACCUCGUUUCUAGAGAGAAGCAGAUGCUACAUGAGGAGGUCAAGAAGCUGAGAGCUGUACUAAGAGACCAAGGACUGAUCAAGAAGCAGAUAUCCGGCGGGGAAGACACGACGGAGCUUCCUUCGGUGGUGAUAGCUCAACCAAGAAUGGAAAAUCUACACACCAAUCAACUCACUGGAGUAAAUCAGAUUUACGGUAUUGAUCAAUGCAACAAUCCAAUGGUCGUUGCUUCCUCUAGCUGGCCGCCUUACCCGUGAUAGCUGUUGCUGAUCAUAGAGACACAGAGAGAGACGCUCUCGGACAGGGCUUUAGACUAGGCAGGGACUUAAAGUGGUGUUAAUUAGACUAAGACAAGCUUUUGCUCAUCGUACGGUUAUAAAACAUAAAUGAAACGUGCUUGUGUCCCAAACCCAACA